AUGAUAGCCACUCAGGCACACCCCGACUUCCCGCCCCAACAGAGAAUUACCAUCGUCCACGCCCCCGGUUCCUGCGCGCCCGCUGACGCCUCUGCGGGCAGCCUUGCGGCCGCCGCAGAUCCACGCGCAUGUGGCGCCAAGGCGCCCGCGCGGAAGACGUCGGGGAAGAAUGCGAAACGCGCAGUCGUGUUGUUCAGUGAAGCCCGCGACGGUUGCCUCGUUGGCGGGGUGUGGACUGAGAAGGAAACCCGUCUCUCAGACUGCGAGAAGCCCCGGGGGGAGCUCUCCGCGGGCGACGGCUCAGGGGUUUUUUCUUUGGCGCCAACCGCUGCAGAUUAUUCGUACGAUAUGACGCGAGGAAGCAGCGGAGUCGACGGCCAAGCGGGCGGGGGGACCGCUGGGCGGCGGUGCCGCAGCACCAACUCCGGGACUGGCUAUGAGUUGUUUGACGAAGGGAGGCCGCGAGCUCGCGAGCUGCCUUCGCUGCGCUGCUUCUCUGGCCCCUGCUCUUCAGAGAGAAUUGAACGGCGGACGGACGGCCCCAGCGGGCGCGAAGAACCGAGUAGAACUGAAGAUCGCAGCGGCGGCGGACGACGGCAGGGCGCAGAGCGCGGAAAGACGGGCAUGAGGGCGGUCGGGUCCAGACAGCAGCAAAGCAGUGGCGCGGCGGCAGGUGGAGGAAGAAGCAACGUGGGCGGCGCGCGGGAGAGUGCAGUCGAGCUGCAGAAGCGAGAAGCUGAUGGCGGAAUGUCGCUGGAGAUGCGCGAGGCGCUGCAGCAGCAGCGGAGGAACGAGGUGAAGAUUAUGUGCGUCUUUUGCCUCAUGUUCGCACUAGAAGUGUUUGUCAACUUCGACUCGGGCGUCGUGCCGGCGAUUCUGCUCACGCUGCAGGAGCAUUUCCACAUGGAUGGCGCCGCUGCAGGCCUUCUCGGCUCCCUGCCCUACAUUGGACUCGUCGCCUCGAGCCCCUUCGUUGGGCGCGGCCUCACGACGUUCUCCCCAAAGUGGUUCUGCCUCAUCACCAUGGUCGUAAAUCUCCUCGCCACAGGGCUUCUGGGUCUCGCCUACUACAAGUGGAUGCUCUUCCUCUCCCGCCUCCUCAUCGGCCUCUCGCAGUCCGGAUUCUCCAUCUACGCGCCUGUCUGGGUUGACCAAUUCGCCCCUGCGGAGAAGCUCACUCUGUGGAUGGGCCUUGCACAGGGAGGCGUCGUCGUUGGCACCAUGCUGGGAUGUGUCAUUGCAGGCUCCUUCGACACUGCCGCACGCAACGGAGUGCAAUCCAUCUCGUGGCGCUACGCCUUGCUCAUCCAGGCCAUCGCACUCUUCAUUCUUCUGGCGAUCUGGCUUUGCGUUCCGCAGCGUUUUGUGGAUAUCAACAUGGCGCAGAGCCUCGGAGACACACCCCACGACGCGGCGUACGCGGAUGCAGCCGGGGCGGCCCUUUUGGAGGAAGCGGAAGAGGGAGAUGGCGUUGGGAAGCGACAGGGGUCUGCGGAGACCAUGGCUUCAGCGUCAGGCGUCGACAGUUCGCCGGUUCAUCUGGCCUCCAGCCCUCGGUUUCCGAGGGAGGACACUGAAGGCGAGUCAGAGAGAUCCCCGUCAGUCUCCGGCCCCGAGGCUCGCCGGGCGGGGCGCGCGCGGGAGGCCCCGGAGGCCGCUCGAGACGAAGAGGAGAGCCAGGCGGAGGCAGCUGGGGUCGAAAGCGCGGGAGGCAAGAGGUAUUCAGGCUCGCGGUCUCGCCGGCUCUCCGCGCUGCAAAUGACCAUGGUGCCUCUCCCCGCGCGGCGCGCCACAGCUGACGAUGAAGAGGCCGGCAGAGGAGGCGAUGCAGCAGCGGCGGGAGGAGGAGGGGCGGCACAAACUGGAGGCGCGCCGAGAGGAGCGAAAGUUCCCCGAAGGGUCCGCAGCUCCGAGUGCUCAUCAUGCGAAAGCAUUCCGCAGUUUCGCAAGGACCUCAUUUCCAACCUGCUUCCCCUGGAUUUCAUUGCCACGUCGCCUACGUUCACGCGCCGUGCCUCGCAAACCAACCCCGGCCCGGCCCCGGGGAGUGUGAAUGCAGCUCGCGCGGCGAUCUCGAGCGCGGCGACGGCUGGGGGCAGCGAUGCUGCUGUGCCACGGCCGACGGGCGACGUGCCUGUGACGCUGUUGGAUCUCUCAGACAUUCAACAGGCGUCCACAGGCGCCGACUACCUUGUGUCAGGCUCGCCUGAGAGCGCCAGAGAGCUGACGACGCUGUCUCGUCUGGGGCCUCCGCCUUCGUCUUCACCAGAGGCCGCUGCGGCGGCGGCGGCCGCUCUUGAGGAAGGCCGCGAGUUGCUGCCGGGAGAGGGCGCGACCCGGCGCCGAUCACGGAACGCGUCCUCUUCGGCGCAGCGCGUCUCCUUCUCGCACCCGAUGCUCCGCGGCGACCACCGGUCGUGCGCCUCCGUGCCGGAGAUGGGCCUAGGUCAACCCCACGGGCCCCGGGGCGCGCGGGCCGGGCCCGGGGCGAGCCUCUCCCUCGCCCAGAUCAGCGCCCGGCACCCGCUGGUCGGCGGGGGGCUUAGGGCCAGCAGCAUCUCGGGGGCGGCUGAGCCCGCUGGAGGCAAUCUGAACCGGGCGGGCUCGACUGUUAGCGAAGUGCAGUACCAAAUGACUUUCCUCACGCCUCACUCGACGACGCUCGCCUUCGAGGCCUUCAACUGGGCCGCCGGCACCGCGGACCCGCUCCUUCUCGUUCGGACCGACGGCAGGCCGCAGGGCGCGGCUGAGGGGGGAACUGGGGAGGUCGGUGGGGUCGCCGGCGGGCCCUCGGUGUUCGUCCCGUCUCUGGCGCACCGCCGCCGCUCCACUGCCUCGUCUUCGGUCUCCGAGCAUGUCCAGGCCGCCAGGCUCCCGGGCGGGGCGGGCUCUCUGAGGGAGAGACCUGCUGUGGGCCGGCCUACGACGGAGGCGCCUGGCGCUGCGACGACGCUGGAGUCUGAGGAGGCGGGGGGGGGCGUCCGCGGCGGCCGAACCGAACGCAGCAGCAGCAGCGCUGCGCCAGUUGCGUCUCUUGUCGGCAGAAGGCGAAGAACGGGGAGCGACGCAGAGGAUCGCGCGCGUGAAGGCGCAGCGGACCUCGAGGGGGCGAGCAGCCAGGCCGGAGGAGAUGCAGAUGACGGCGACUGGGUCGCGAGUACUAGAAGGCGAAGCACAAGCAGCAGCACCGGGCAGCGGAGACUUACCGCUCUCGCGACCGGAGGAGCUGCCCUGGAGCCUGAACCGCACGUCGAAGCGCUCAGUACUGCCCCGAGGACCUUUGGCGUUUGGCAAUCGAUUCAAAUGCUUUUCGAGAGUCCGAUCUACGUCUGUGUCACGGUCGCGCUCUGUGCGCUUUUCUUCGAAGUAACGGCGAUACAAUUCUGGUCGAUUACGUACUUCCAACAGGAGCUCAAGGUGCCUGGAGCACAAGUUUUGCUGGCGUUCAAUGUGACGGCGGCGACGGCGCCUAUCGUCGGCGUUCUGGCGGGAGGGUGGUUCAUCGACUACCUCGGCGGAUACAAGAAUGAGAAAGGCAUGCUGCGGACGCUGCUCAUUCUCGGCUCCUGGGCGGUGAUUUGCCUCAUCUUUGGCCUCUGCGCCUCGUGGGUCGCGAACUUUGUCGCCAUCAUCUGCUUUAUCUGGGGAAUUCUCUUCUUCGGCGGAGGCAUCCUUCCGGCGGCAACGGGGAUUGUGAUUGCCUCCGUGCCUCUCGAAGUCCGCGCCUUCGGCAGCGGCUUCUGCAUGAUGAUCUACAACGUCUUCGGCUACGUUCUAGGCACCCUGGUCCCCGGCGCAAUCAUCCAGGCAGCUGGCCUCACUUGGGGCAUGCGCGUUGUUUUCUUGUGGUCGAUUUUCGGCGUUGGCGGUUUGCUGGCCGCAUCCAUUGUUGCGUGGCGCCUGCGGAUCAAGCCUGCAUAUGUGUCGUAUCGCGAUGAAGCCCGCGUCAACAGUGAAGUCGAGAUCCAGGAGGUCCGUCGAGAAGAGUGA